UUUCAAUUAUAAAAAUGGUGCGGCAAUGUUGUAUAUGCAAAGCGGAAUCCUCAAUACUUGUAGACAUUUCUCUUCAUCGUUUACCUAAAGAUGACACAACAAAGCGAAAGUGGUUCUUAAACAUAGGUCGAGAGGUCAAGAAUUGUAGCGCAGUUUGCAGUCAGCAUUUCAAAGAUGAUGAUUUUGAAUAUAAAAUUUAUGGUGAAAACGUAAGAAGGUAUUUGAAGGCUACAGCUGUUCCGUGUUUGUCACAUACUGAGACUGACAGUACCCUAAAAAUUGAACACACAACAUCUUUUGGUGAAGAAUCUGCUGUGUUGCCUCUGCAAUAUACUAAUAUUAUAGAACCAUCGGUGCCAAUCAAGUCCGAAGAUCUUUCUGAUCUUGAGGAAUGUAGUCAAGAAGGAGAUCAGAAUUCCGAGUUGUUAACACUUUCAAAUGCAGAAAUUUCAGCUAUUGAAAGUCAUUCGAAUCAGAAUCUUCCAGACUUGAAAAAUGCUGAGAAUCUAAUAGAUAUUGAUAACAAUCAUUACUCCGAAGAAAGUAAAAACAGAGAAAACGGACAAAAGUAUACAGAUUCUAAAGACAACAUGCUCAAAAGAACAAUUGACGAAUCUCAUGCUACAGUAGGUAGGAGGCGCAUUUGUAACGCAAGAUAUGUUGGAGAUUUGCAACGAAAAGAUUUUACAUCUGAUGUUAGUUGGAAUAUAUUUAAACAUCAUAUGGAGAACACCAGGAGAAAGCAGAAGGUGUUAACUCAAAAAGUUCGAAGAUUCAAAUUGAAAAUAGAGAAAUUACAAACUUUAUUAGAGCAUUUAAAAGAAAGUGGACUUGUCUCGAAUGAAGAUUGUAAUGAACUGACGUGAGUUAAGGUACAUUAUAUGAUAUUUAUAUGACUACCAUAAUCAUUGACAUGAUUCGAUGAUGAAUGUGAUUAAUCGAGUUCACUACUUUUUUAUGUCUGUACAAUUUAUUAUAUGAUUUUUAUAAUACACAGAAAUUUAAUAAUACAGUUUGAAACUAAUAUAUUUACACUUCAAUUGAAGUCUUCUGAGUUAUAUAUGUAAAUUAAUCUGCAAUAUUUUCUUAUAUACAA